AUGGCCAGUAAUCCUGUAGACCCCCUGCAAACUUUGUCUGCCGCCCUCGCUGUCCCGCCCGAUUCCAAGGAGCAGGGAGAGCUGCUGGCGACGCUGCGCGACUCCUUGGAGGCGCACCCCGGCCCCAUACCCAUUCUCUGCACUACCCUCGUCAAGACUGUGUCCGGCGCGGGGGACUCACUCUUGAAGCGAUGGGUUCUCGACCUCCUACACUUUGCCAUCUGUCGUUCAGCACUCUCGCUUGAGGUGCGCACUCAACUUGCGUCCCAGUCACUGGAAACCUUGGUCGGUCUGCUGGGAGAUCCGAACCAGGCGACGGUGAAGGUCGCCGUGCAGUGUUUUGCUACUGUCUAUGCGCUACUCUUCCGCUGGCUGAACAACCGCCAGCAGUGGGAUGCGCUGUCACAAGCCAAAGCACGCAUCUUGGAGUUCGUGUGGUCGCCUCACGUUAGCAGUGGUGUCAAGUUUGCAGCUGUCAAGUUCAUGCAAAGGGUCAUCCUUGUCCAAACACGCGGGAUCAUUGAUCCAAGGCUACAAAAUAAAAAUGACCCGAACUUAUCCAUGUGCCCUACAGACCAUCCCUUCAUCUCCGUCGCUGCGCUCGAUGGAGAGGGGCUGAAGCUUUUGGAAAGUGUAAUCACGAUGUUGUAUACAUGCAAAAAUCCCGAUAUCUUGUCGGCCAUUCUGAAUAGCUGGGCUACCUUGAUAAAACUACGACCUGCUUUGGUUGACGUUGUCGUUUCUACAUUGGCACAGUGGACACCAGUCAAGCUAGAGGGUUUGCCUGCGUCAAGCAUCAAGAGUGUCGAAAAGUCUAUUCGAAUAUUACUGGUCCAUAUCUCGCGAAAUUCGCCGGGUGCCCCCUUCACAUCGCAAAUCCAGGCUGCCCUGGCAACUCAGGGCGCACGAAUGGACCAGGCUGCUGCGGCUGAAAAACAGCGAAAGGUUGCUGCCGCUGCAGAAGCAUCUCGCAAGCGCUCUCCUACCGGUACCCCCUUGCAAGACGUCCCCGACUCCAAACGACCGAAGCUCGAAUCAGAUGUCAUCCUGCCAGCGGGAUUUUCGGGCUUCGACUUCACAACACUUCCCGCCACUCUUGUCACUGACCUGAUUGUUGCCAACAUCCAGGCGUUCUCAGAGGCAGCGUUGAUGGGACUUGUACAGGCGUAUCGACAUAGCAGGUCAGCCGAUAGCGCAACGCCUUCAACUUCCAUUGUAUCACAUCCAUCCGCUGUGCCUGCGAUACAAGUGCAAGCUCCCUCUCCACAAGAAGUGCCACCUAGGAGACCUGCUACACCUACACCUCCCCCCGCCGUCGCCACCGUUGUAAAAGAGGAGCCGUUGGAUCCUUUGAAGAUGGAUAUCGAUGAGGAAGAAAUUGAAUACGAACCUGACAGAUUGAACCUGGAGCUUUCAGGCGGAUCUGAGGCUGUGCCAGAAUAUGAAGCCGCUUUGGAUCAUGAGAUGGAUCUUGCAUUCGACUUGCAUCCCGCUGACUUUAAACUCCCUCCACCGAGAGAUCUCACUGAUGACGAGCGGAAUUCAAUAGUCCGGAGCUCACUUGGCCGUAUUUGGGAAGGCGCAAAAGAUUUAGCACCCUCGGACAUGUUCUCCGAGGCAUCACUGGAAGAGUUGAGGACGUCCGGGGCAGAUAUGUGGAUGCUUCUCAUCGUCCGGCUUGUGACCCGUGUAACGGACCCAGUAUCAAGUGACGAUCUAAUUGAGAAGAAACCUGAGGAUCUGUCUGACAUGGUCUCAGAGAUCUAUUCCCAUCAGGAUAGGUUACGGCAAACACUUUGUGACUACAUCAUCGCCGAUUUUUCUGGCAGGCUACGUCUCGCAACCACAUGGAUGAAUGAGGAGUGGUACAAUGAUCAAAUACAGUCGACGCGAGAUCCACAAUGGGCCCCGAACUAUGAAACAUGGCUGAACCAGAUAGUUGCUGCAUAUCAAACUCACCUUGAUGGCAAGGAUAGGACAUUUUCUCGGUUUUUGCUCGACCUUCCCCAUGUACCCCCGGAUGUGUUGAGCCUUUUACGGGAAUCCUGUGUUGAACAAGAUCGACGGCAAAUGGGUUUUGCUGCCCUCCGAGAAUUUGUCACUCAACGUCCAUCCCUUCGUGCAGAGGCCAUGAACAUGCUUCUCGAGCUUACCACUCAUCCCGAUAAGGUGACACGGGGCGCCGCAAUCAACACCGUAAAGCGUUGGAUCCCGGAUGUCCAACCAAUGGACAACAUGAUUCGCGAUUUCGCCCUACAGCUGCUUCGACGUCUGCAGUCACGACCGUCGCCUGAGAAAUCCGAAGAUUACCCAAUGAAUGGGGAUGUAAACCACGAUGAACAUAUGGAAGAUGGGCAGCUCCCACCAGAAGACAUCAUCCAGACCCCGUAUUUGCCCGAGCAGCUUGAGCUUCCUGCGAAUAGUGCCCAAAUUCUGCAACAUUUGGAACUUCUUUUCGCAUUGUCAACGAAAGUUCCCGAGUUUUUAGACGAAAUUUUCGCGGCGUAUGGAGGGAUGGAAGAGACUGUACAAGACACCAUCCAGAAACUCAUCACGCCACUUAUUCGCGCACUAGGUUCUACUCAUGGCAGACUAUUGACGCUCCUACGAACAUUCCCGCCUGGCGCCGAGUCGCUUGCUCUCCGUGUGCUGACGAUCUUUACUGAGAAUGGUCGGCCAAGUGCACAGUUGGUCACCCUCGUCAAGUCUCUCAUCAAUGAGCGGGACCUCGACGCACGAUUCCUCAUCCCUAUAAUUGCCGAGAUGGACAAGGCGGAUAUUUUGCGGCACCUUCCUCGGAUCGUCUCGAUUCUCAACGGGAAACCUGAGCCCAAGAACUUGGUCCGUUCCGUGUUCAGUUCGAUCGUCACAACGCCUCCGCAGACAUUCGGUAGCGUGACAUCGAAUUUGCCGCGAGUGCGACAAAGUGAGCUCCUGACACCUGCGGAACUAAUGGUCUUAUUGCACGAAUCAGAGAAGGAAAUUGGACUGAAGAGUGCCAUUGAAGCGAUUGGCAUAUGCUUCUCCAUGACUGAUAUCUUUCGAUCUGAGAUCCUAGCUGUGGUCAUGAACCAGCUUAUGGACGAUCCUGUACUCCCAACUUUAUUCCUUCGAACGGUCAUCCAAGCCGUCACCACAUAUCGAUCGUUGGUGGGUUUCGUCUCCACGACUCUGUUGUCCCGGUUGAUUACCAAGAAAAUCUGGACGAAUCCGCCGUUGUGGGAAGGAUUCAUCCGUUGCGCAAAACUGAUCGCUCCGGCGAGUUUUGGCGCACUGCUUCAGCUACCAAAGGACCAGCUGCGUGAACUCGUGGAUAAACAGCCGAGCCUGAAAGCUGGGUUGCGUGAUCAUGUAAUGAAAAAGGCGGGCAAUAAGGCUCGCGUUGCUGGUCUGCUUGAGAUAUUUGGGGAGGACGACGGAAGCAGCAAUGCGCCCGAGUCGCAACUCGCGGCUGUACCUCUGACUUCAGCUGCGUCAUGA